UUGUUACUGUUUAAUGAUAUUAUUGGUUUUGUCAAUCAGGAAGACAAGAUUGCCGUUGUUGUUGGGACAAUAACUGAUGAUAUUAGGGUUUAUGAGGUCCCUGCUCUCAAGGUUACUGCCUUGAGGUUCACCGAAACUGCUCGUGCUAGGAUUGAGAAGGCAGGUGGAGAAUGCUUGACUUUUGACCAACUUGCUCUUCGUGCUCCUCUUGGUCAGAACACGGUUCUUCUCAGAGGUCCCAAGAAUGCACGUGAGGCUGUGAAACACUUUGGACCCGCUCCUGGUGUGCCACACAGUCACACCAAGCCCUACAUACGGUCAAAGGGAAGGAAAUUUGAGAAGGCUAGGGGUAAAAGGAAUAGCAAGGGAUUUAGGGUUUGAAUGCUGUACCUCAUGCAGAAAAUACAGAUCAGCCUUCCAAAUCCAAGGUGGUGCAUCUAUAAGCUAAUAUGCAAUUGGUUGUUUUAUCUCUUUUUUUUCCUUGUCUUCUCAUGUUGAACAAUUACAUUGUCUUUAGAAAGUUAAAAAGGUUUCAGUUUCUUUUCAAUAUUUUGAUCUAAGCAAAUGAUUUUGUUUGUCAACUGGUAAUUCAUGGUUUACUCCUGAAUUUCAGCAAUGUUACCGUGCCUGUUGUCUG